AUGAAUGAUAACGUAAAUUGUUCAAAUUUGGAUAAUUAUUCAAUAAUACCUGCUAUUUUAAUUGAAGACUAUUGUGAUUCACAAGCACUACAUGGAAAUUCCGGUGAACGAACUCCAAUAAGUAGUCAUGUUGGAUCAAUAACAAGUGAUGAAUUAAGUGUAACAAGUAGUCAAACAAGUCAAAAACAAAAAUCACAUUUAUCUGGUCGUAAACUACGUUUAAGAUUACAAGCUUUAUUGCGAUCGAAAACAGAUAAACAACAAUUAAAACAACAGUUUAAUGAAAAAAAUGACAAUCAUACCAAUGGAAUGAUCACUGGUUCAUCUGCAUAUACAAGUAAACACUUAGGAACUGAUAUUUAUGAUGGUGCAAAAUCAAUAAAUUAUGAUGCAAUACCACCAGUGCCAAAAUUUCAUGAAACCAGUCCUGAGCACAAUUCUGAAAAUGUAUUUAAAUAUAGUAAUAGGGCUGAUGGUCAUAAUGAAAAUGAAGAAGUUGUUGAACAUGAAAGGAAGGAAGAUGGAGAAUCAUCAAUAUCGUUGUCUUAUUCUAAUAAAUAUAAGAUGAAAAAUAUUUAUCAGACUCAACCAAAACAUCAUGCUGAUCCGUUGUAUGAAAAACAUCAUGUUAUUUUAGAAGAAAAAGCACUAAUGAAUACUGCAAAUAACUUUUCUACUGGAGGACAUCAUAGUCAUCAUCAUCAUCAUCACCACCAUCAUCAUCAUCAUAAAACGCGAUCAAAUAAAAAUUCACCAUCGAAUUCACUAAACGUUUUACAGAAUGAUAAUUCUAAUUCCUCUACAAGUAAAAAAACAACUGAGAAAAAUAAUUCGGCUAUGUGGUGUCGCGGAUCUGGUCUAGCCAACCUAGGACUUAAUACGACAGCUACAGCAAGUCGUAAAACUCAUCCUCAUACAGCGGUUGAUUCAAGGGAUAAAACGUCUAGUAACCGUGAAGAUAUAUCCUCAGCAUCGAAUUCCGGAGCAAGUGGACAAAGUAGCGUUCAUUCAACUAUUCACCGACCAGGUCAUCCUGCCUUUUUUGUAAGUGGAAAUGCAACACCAAGUUGUGAACCCCCGGUGGUCAUAUCAUUAGAAGGACCAGUUAGUCCUAAUGCAUAUGGACAGCAGAGUUCCGAGCCGAAAACCGUACAAACAGUACAUUCACGUUUUAGACAGUUUUGGGUAGAGACGUUUGUUGGGGGACGUUCCAGAACGAAAUCUGAAAAUCAAACUCCUUUGCAAGCUGAGAGUCAUAAAGUGAGAUUUUCUGAUCGCCUAAAUGAACCAUUAGACCCAGAAAUGGACGUCUUACCGCCUCAUGCAUAUACAAUAACUGGUGGUUCAAGUCAAGCUGCUUCAAUCCUACGACCUUUGGCCGUGUAUACUAACCUUUCUGGUCCUCACUCAGAUCAAGUAUCCCCACGAUUUAUCUCAUCUGGUACUGGUAGUCUUCGACGACUAGUAUCUAAGAAUCAUCGGGGUGGGGCAAAUGGAAUGUCAAUUACACCUCCAGCGUUUUCACUAUCCCAUCAAAGCGACAAAUUUUGGUGGUCAAAAUCUCCUAUUGGACGAAAAGAACGUUUUGUUUCUACCGGUAAUAUAACAGGGAAAAGUUCGGAUGACCUUUAUAUACAUCCAAAACCCUCUAAACUACCUCGUGAACAACCAGUUAGUAGUUUGGAAUUUACGACUUCACGAUUGAAAAAUCCGAAGAAGAAUUUUCCUUUAAAAACUAGUUUGGAUGUAUUACGCAGGAAAAGAGCUGGAAGUUUAAGUGGAAGAAUAGUCGACCGAAAAAGUCUAACAAUAUCACCUCAACCACCUAGAGGAUUUAUAAUGGAGCAUUUUUCCAGAUCAGAGGAGAAUAUUGUUUGUGAAACAGAUAAACCACGAAUAAAAGUCUCAAGUUAUAAUGCCACUGAACCUUCAAGUGCUAAUUCAGCUUCUAGUGUUCUAGUAACAGGACCAUUGAAUGAAAUUUCACAGAUUCCAGAGAAAAAUGAAUUAAAAAGUCAUGAUCAUGGUCAUCAUCAUCAUCAUCACCAUCAUCAUAAUCAUCAUCAUCACCACCACCAUCAUCAUCAUCAUCGUCACAAUCAUGGUCAUCAUCGUAACCGAGGUCUAACGCAUACAAUGACACGUGUAGUAGAAAGUAGACGAUAUUUAAUGUUCACAAAAUCAUUACCAUUUUGGUCAGCUAAACAAUAUAUGGAAACACAUGGAACAGGAAUGGGUGAAUCAGAAACUUAUGCUAUAUUAUUUCAACAUACACCUUGUUAUGAUCUGGUUCCAGAUAGUGCUAAACUUAUUUUAUUGGAUAGUCAAUUAACUAUAGGUAAAGCAUUUAAAGCACUUAUUUACAAUGGUAUACGUGCUGCACCAGUGUGGAAUUCAAAAAAUCAAAAUUUUAUUUCAAUGCUUACUGUAACUGAUUUUGUACAAAUGUUAAAUUAUUGUUGGAAUCAAACUGUACCAUCGAAUAUUGAUGAAUUGAAGAAUAUACAAAUUGAUGACGUGGAUCAAAUAACAAUACAGCAAUGGAAAGAUAUGCUCAUAGCUGACAGGACACAUCGUUUAUCAUUACAAAUUACAUCGUCUACUGGUAAAAAUGUGGAAAAAUCAAUGGAUAAAUCGCAUACUAGUACAACAUCUUGGCCACCGUCAAUCAAUACAUCGUCGUCGUCAUCAAGCUCACGUUUAGCAUCUAGUAAUGGCGACAGCGAUAGUAAUAGCGGUAGUAGUAAUGACAGUGGGAGUGAUAGCAGUAGUAGUAGUAGUAUUAGUAGUGGUAGUAGGAGAAGCAUCAGCAGUCGUUCUAGUACAAAGUCAUUAUCGUCGGACCUUCCAGUAAUACAAUUAUCAUCUACCAUAUCAAAUCAAAAUUUGUCAGACAAUACAGUGAAAUGCACAUUGGGUGAUAAUGAAAACAAUGUUGGCGAUGUGGAAAUGAGAACUCAAAUUGAUAACACUUCUAUCAAUAAAAACAACCAAACACUAUGUUUUCUGAAUAAACCAACACAGAAUAUUUUUCCUGUACGUUUACUUAUCUGUGAUCCAGAAGAAUCUAUUUUUAAAGCUUUACGAUUAUUGUUAAGAUUUCGGUUACAUCAUUUGCCAAUUAUGGAUUCGCCUUUCGAUGGAUGUGGUAAUAUAUUGUAUGUACUUACUCAACGUAAACUAUUGACGUAUAUGUUUGAAAAAUUGAAUAAAUUACCUCAACCAAGAUUUUUACAAUCAAGUUUAACAGAUUUGAAUAUUGGAACGCAUGGAUCCAUUUUAUUGGUUACACCAUCUACUCGUCUAGCUGAUGCACUUUUAUUAUUUCGAGAGAAUUGUGUAACUGCUUUACCAGUUGUAGAUUCAAUAACUAAUCGUCGUUUAGUUAAUAUAUUUUCAAAAUUUGAUGUAUUCACUCUCGUAUUAAAUGGAGCUUAUAAAAAUCCUAACUUGACCAUUCAAGAAGUACUUGAUAUAUGCAAGACAAACACAAAAUCUAUGGAUGAGACACAAAGAAAACCACCUGUGGAAAUAUGUCUUGCAUCAAACAACUUACUUUAUGUAAUGGAAAAAUUAGUUAAAACAGGGUACCGUAGUCUUGUAAUUGUGAAUAAUACAAAUGAUUAUCGUGUAGAUGGUAUAAUUAGUUUAUCUGAUGUAUUACGUUUUACUGUCUUACAACAAUUACGUAUAACUUCAUCAAGAUCACAACCACCAUCUGUAGCUGAAGUUGUUGAUGAACGUGAUGAAUUGAAUCAAGAUGGAAAACAAAAGAAAAAGAAAAAAUUAAAAAAAGAAAAAUCAUUUGACACUAAUAAUUUACUAUCAACUUGUUCGUCAGAAACAAUUAUAAAGAGUAACGAUAAUAAUAAUAAUAAUAAUAAUAAUAAUAAUAAAGGCUCGAUUUCAUCACAUGAUACACCAAUCAUAUGUACAUUAAAUUCUACUCAUUCUAAUACUACAGUAAACACUAUUAUAACAACGAAUACUACUAAAACUCCUAUAACUAUAACAACAGUCACUGGAGGUGUUGGAUCUAGCCCUGAGCAUAUAAAUACUUCAUCUAGUCAUACUAUUAUUGAUAAUGUGAAAAUAAACAAAUCUAUUAAAUCUUCUAAAUUAUCUAAAAAUCGAUUGGAUAAAUCAAAAAUUAAUUCAUUAAAAUCUGACAAUACCAAUACUUCGAUCAAUAUUGAUUUAACAACAAAUAAUAAAAGUAAUAAUAAUAAUUUAUGCUCUGAUCAAAUAAUUCUAUCAACAGUUGUAUCAGAAAAAAUUACUUAA